AUGGGCUUGAAGUUUGAAAGAGUUGCUGUGAUCGGGGCGGGUGUCAGUGGACUAGCGGCUGCGAGACAUCUCAUAGAUUAUGGACUUGACGUGACGAUUUAUGAACGAUCUUCAAAACCCGGAGGCGUUUGGGCAUACGAUGAAAGGAAGCCGCUUGAAUACAGAUACCCAUCAGUUUUACCAUCGGUUGCAGGCCUCUACCCAGAGGCGGAUUCAGAUUGCGAGGAUGUUACGUCGCAAUCAGAAUUUUCCCAGGAAGAAAUUCUUAAAUUGAAACACGCACCACCAGGUCCUGCAUAUUUUGGUCUGACAACAAACAUCUCAACUAAACUCCAAGAAAUGAAAGACCAUCCGUGGAAGGAGGGCACAGGUGAUUUCGUCAAUGUGAAGGUUGUUGGUGAAUAUCUGAACGAUUAUGCCAAAAGAUUUCACCUAGAACGUUUCCUCAAGUACAAUACGAAAGUCGAAACGAUCAGGAAAGUAAAUGGGAGAUGGAUUGUGAAAUCAAAGCUGUUAAACAAAACUCAUGACGGAAGUGUGGAGUUCUUGGAACAUGAAGAGGCAUUCGACAAAGUAGUUGUGGCAAGUGGACAUUAUCACGCCAAUAGAGUGCCUGACAUCAAAGGAUUGAAGGAAUGGAAGAGAAAUCAUCCUGGAAGGGUUAUGCACUCAAAAGCAUACAGGAGACCCCAAGAGCUUGCAGGCCAGAACGUUCUUCUAAUUGGGGGGAGUGUUUCCUCGACAGACAUUGCUAGGGAGAUCAACGGCGUAGCCGAGACGGUUUAUCAAUCCACCCGAGGUGGUCAAUUUGACCUUCCACUCAGCUUUUUACCUCCAAGCGCAAAGAGAGUUGGAGAAUGCGUGUCUUUUGAGUUUGAGACGGGUAAUGAAGGUCGAGGGGUCGCUCACUUGAAAGAUGGGACAACGCUUAGUGACAUUGAUAAAGUGAUAAUUUGCACAGGAUAUCAUAUUUCAUAUCCGUUUCUUGAUCCGUAUCAUAACGAUUUGUUAUCCCCAGCCGAAGCAGAUGACACAGUUCUUGUAACUGACGGAACGCAAGUCCACAAUCUCCACAAAGAUAUAUUCUAUAUACCAGAUCCAACAAUUGCAUUUGUCGGUACAGCAUAUUACGUAUCGACGUUUUCCUUGUUCGAGUUCCAAGCGAUUGCACUCGCAGCUGUAUUCGCUGGCAAAGCAUACUUACCACGCGAGCAAGAAAUGAGAGAAGAAUAUAGACUUAGGGUAAUAGAAAAGGGGUUCGGGAGAGCUUUCCAUGCUUUAAAUGAAGGACGGGAGCCUGAGUAUGUUCGUGAAUUGGUAGAUUGGAUCAACGCAGACGCUGCGUCGAGUGGGGGACAGAAGGUCGAAGGUCACUCCGAGGAAUGGCUGAAAGAAGAUGAAAUCAAGAUGGGAAAACUCCGCGAGAGGUUCGAAAAGAAGAAACAAGAGGAGAAGCAAGAAGAAAGUCCUCGGAUAUAUAGUCUCAGGAGCGAAGGGAAAUUUCCUCAUUCCGGAAUUCAUUUGUAUAAUGGCAGUGGGAACAGCAGAGCAUUAGAGGAGCAGACAGUCGGAUGA